UUAAACAGGAACACCCUCGUCCUCUAAACAACAGUAAAGUCUUAGCCUAAACUGAUCAGCUUCUUCUGAUCUGAGCAAUUUAAUUUCUUUGAGUGACAGAAAUGUCUCAUAGGCAAAUUUCACCUCCACAGUAUGAGCAAACAGGAACACCCUCUUCCUCUACUCAUCCUGGUGCAGGAACACCCUCUUCCUCUAAUCAUCCUGGUGCAGCUGAAGAUGUAGAUGCAGCUGGGGGAUCAAGCAGCACCAUUGCAAAUUACUUUGACCGUGUUAGAUCGGCUGGUCUCUUAGACACAAUGAAAUUUGAGGCAAAGAAAAUCAGAAAAGGCGGGAGGAGGAACAUUUUCAAGCAGAAAUUUGACCUUAGAGCUGGAGAAAAGCUGCUAAAGGCAUCACACUGCUUUUUUUCAAUUGAAACUGGUGCUGUUGCAGGACUUCUCUUUAUUUCUACUGAAAAGAUAGCAUUCUGCAGUCAGAGAUCAAUUGCCUUCAAUUUUCCUAUUUUGCAGCAAAAUCAAACAGUUGAACAGUUUGAGAUACCACUAAGGAACAUUAGAUGGAGCAACUAUGGUCAUCCACAACAGAAGAUCCUACAAAUACGAACAGAAGAUAAUUCUGAAUUCCUGUUCAUGGACUUCUUGCGUUACGAAAAAGCUCGUCAAAACUUUGAGAAAGCAAUGCGCAAACUCUACCAACCUAGGUAAUUUCAAAGCAAAAGAUUAAGAAGUUGAUCUCAAGAUCAGACAAAUGCAAUGGUGAUCAAGUUCUGAGGCGAAAGAAAAAGGCUCAUCUUUUAGACAAUAUUGUCGUCUUAAUUUUAACAGUGUGCAGUACACAUUUUACGUACAAAGUUGUAGUUUAGAGCACAUCAAGAGGCAAUGCUCAAAGGGUUUCCUACCUUUUCCGUUUCUAUGGAUGAUUGAAACCACUUCUUCAUUUCGGAAGGGAAAAAGAAAAACAGGAAAUAGUAGAUAUUAAUAUUGAGAUAGGAGAAGGAUUCCCCGAUCAAGUAAUUAGAUUAAUUUGUAGUCUAAAAAGAGAGUUUGUGUUUAGAAUUUUUAUUAAACUAGUAUUUAGAAUCCUUCUUGGAAUAUGAUAAUUUGGGGUUCUCUUUAUCCUGUAAUCCCUUCAUAAAUAUAAGGUUCAUGCAUUCAGAA